AUCUAAUCGGUUACUGGUCAACACUCUACACCCGAUUAACUGGGGGUUGCUCAAGUUUCGAAAUCUCAAGUUGGUAUUCAAUUCACGCGUUUCUGGUCUUCAAUCGAAUUGGGUUUCGUCUUUGAAUCGGGUUCUACUUGUAGUUAGAAAUCGAGAAUCAAGAAUUUUGUUGAUUGGUUGAUAAUUUGAUGGACUAUUCGGAGAAGCCUAUUGAGCUGAGAGCUUUUGAUUCUUUAGGAUUAGGGUUUGAUUUCGCUAGCGAUUUCAGGUUGAAGUUUGCAAAGGCGUGUCCGGAGGGUGGUCGGUUGGUGGAACUAGAUGAGUCGAGGAAGAGGGACAUCGUUCUACCUGGAGGUGGUGCCACCAUUUCUGGGGUUUCUGAGGACAUUCAUUGUGAUAAAGGAGAUCAUGUUCGCUUUAAAUCGGAUGUUUUGGAGUUCAAUCAGAUGUCAGAAUUGCUUAAUCAAAAAGCUUCGGUACAAGGAAAAGUGCCUUCGGGCUACUUCAAUGCAUUAUUUGAUCUAAGUGGAGCAUGGUUAAAUGAUGUUGCAGAUGCCAAACAUCUUGCUUUUGAUGGCUACUUUAUCUCCCUGUACUAUUUGCACCUUACAGCAUCCCCAUUAGUACUCCAAGAACGAGUAAAGAAGUCCGUUCCUACUCAUUGGAAUCCCGCAUUAUUGGCCAGGUUCAUCCAGACUUAUGGGACACACAUUAUAGUUGGGAUGGGUGUUGGAGGUCAAGAUAUUAUAUGCAUUAAGCAGAAAUCAUCCUCUACGAUUUCGCCCACAGACCUUAGAGGAUAUUUGGAGGAUCUUGGAGACUCUCUGUUCUUGGAUGGAACCAGUCCUUCUCUACCAGAGAGGAAAACAAAAGAUGGCAAACAAAAAGUUCCAGAUGUUUUCAACCGAAUGUUGCAGCCACACACCAUCCAAUUCAGCAACAUUACAGAAACUUCAACCAAGGAUGGACUCACUAUUAUCGGGUCUAAGAGAGGUGGGGAUGUCUUUUCCGACAGUCACUCCAAGUGGCUCCAGACCGUCGGUGCUCGUCCUGAAGCUAUACUCUUCAAGUUUGUACCAAUUACUUCUCUCCUUAAUGGGGUUCCUGGGAGUGGAUAUCUUAGCCAUGCAAUCAACUUAUAUUUGCGCUACAAGCCUGCACCAGAAGAUUUACAACUUUUUUUGGAGUUCCAAGUUCCGAGACAAUGGGCACCUCUAUUUUGCGAGUUACCUCUUCGGCAUCAACAAAGAAAGACUUCUUAUCCUCAGAUUCAGUUCGCUUUCCUGGGUCCCAAGAUGUAUGUUAAUACAGCUCAGGUCUCAAGUAGCAAAAAGCCGAUCAUUGGCCUGCGCCUAUUUUUAGAAGGGAAGAGAAGCAACCGAUUAGCAAUGCAUCUACAACAUCUCUCGAGUCUUCCUAAUAUCAUGACAUAUUCAUCUCCAUCUUCUAUCAUAGCCUGCAAAUGGCGAGGCUCUGAUGAAUACGAAUCUAGUGCCCAAUUCCUGGAACCAAUCCGAUGGAAAAGUUACUCAAAUGUGUGUUCAUCUGUAGUCAAGCAUGAUCCAAACUGGUUAAGGGAAGAAGGAACAGGGGGAGGAGUCUUUAUUGUGACCGGCGCCCAGCUCAUAAGCAAAGGGAAAUGGCCCAAAACCGUACUACACCUUCGGUUACUCUUCACCCACCUCCCCCACUGCACCAUCAGGAAGACCGAGUGGGCCGGUGCACCAUCUGUUGGUCGCAAGUCCAGCAUCUUUACGAACCUAAGUUCAACCUUUACGUUCACUCAUCGGUCAGUUGCCGAUGCACCAAAGCAACUUCCGGCAACACUCAACUCCGGUGUGUAUCCUGACGGCCCACCGGUGCCGAUCCGGUCCACAAAGCUCCGUAAGUAUGUGGACAUCGAAGAGGUGGUUCGUAGCUCUCACGAUAUGCCAGGCCAUUGGCUCGUGACCGCAGCUAAGUUGGUUUUGGACGGUGGUAAGAUCGGUUUACAUGUCAAAUUUGCAUUGUUAGAUUAUCCUCAGGAAAUGUAGUUUGAUUGUAUAUAUAGAAUGGAUAUCAGGUUCCUAUUUUUUCAUGAGGUAUUGUACAGAAACAUACUCAAAUUCCUGAAAUGAAUGUACAACAAAACAUGCACAAAA